AUGGCCGAAGACAAUCUCUCCACCAACAGCGGCGAGUUCUGGCUGUACGGCUAUGGGAGAAUCCCUGGUUGGGUGACGGGAUACGUCCGUCGCUUCUGGCAAGCGUCUAAUCCCAUCUUCAGCCAGGACCACAGAGGCACACCAGAGGCCCCAGGCCGUGUUGUCACUCUCAUCGAGCGUUCGUUUUGGGAGCGGUUGACCGACCACCACGACUCAGCUCCUGACCGCGUAUGGGGCGUCGCCUACCGUAUCAAGGCCGACAAGGUUGCCGAGGUCAAGGAUUACCUCGACAUCCGUGAGAUCAACGGUUACACCAUCCAUUACGCCCCUUUCUUUCCGGCUGACGGCUCCGAGACCAUCCGUACUCUUGUGUACAUCGGCACUCCGGACAACGACCAGUUCGUCGGCCCCCAGGAUCCCCAGGAGCUGGCUACCCACAUCCGCAAAAGCCGUGGCCCGAGUGGGCUGAAUAUCGACUACCUCCUCGGCCUCGAGAAAGCCCUGGACGAGCUGAGCCCCGAGAGCGGCGACGUCCACAUCACCGACCUCUCUGACCGAGUUCGGACCAUCAUGGCUGCUGAGCUGGAGGGUUCCGGCCAUGUUGUUGAAACGUCCCAGCCGCCUCCAUCUGCCGUUAGCAACAACUUCCAACAAGAACACAGUAUCGAGGAGCAGGAGGAGACAGAAAAGACAGAUUGA